GGAGCCUGUGGUCCAGUUUAGCUCCGUGCCGCUGAACGUGCCCAAAAAAGUUCCCAACUCCAGCCAGUCUGUGGCCUAUCCCACCCUGGAGUGGAGCGACAUCAAGUUCCAGGAUGUGAUCGGAGAGGGAAACUUUGGGCAGGUGCUGAAAGCCCGCAUUAAGAAAGACGGCCUGAGGAUGGACGCGGCCAUCAAGAGAAUGAAAGAAUAUGCCUCUAAGGACGACCACAGAGACUUUGCCGGGGAACUCGAGGUCUUGUGUAAACUGGGUCAUCAUCCGAACAUCAUUAACCUUCUGGGAGCGUGUGAACACAGAGGUUACCUGUAUCUGGCCAUUGAAUACGCUCCUCACGGAAACCUGCUGGACUUUCUGCGUAAGAGCCGCGUGUUAGAGACAGACCCUGCCUUUGCCAUCGCUAACAGCACCGCGUCCACGCUCUGCUCGCAGCAGUUACUGCACUUUGCUGCGGAUGUGGCUUGUGGCAUGGACUUCCUGAGCCAGAAACAG